GAGUUCUCAAGGACCAAUUUUCACUGUUGACGUUUCCCCGAGAUCUCGCACCGCGUUUCUUUCCCGCGGAGCCCUAGAUCGCCGGAGAACGCCGGCGGCCAUGGCGAACCAGGGGACGGAGAACACCGGGAUUAUCAGGGCUUGUGAGGUGGCCAUCGAUGGCGGAGUGACCAAGGAGCGGGCCAUGCUCUGCAUCAAGGUCUCCAAGAGCCGAGGCAUCUGGAACAAGGCUGGGCUCGGUUCUCGAAUGGCCAAACCCCGGGUCCUCGCCCUCACAGUGAAACGUUCAUCACAAGGUCCAAAGCCUAAAGCUUUUCUGCGUAUUUUGAAGUAUUCUGCUGGUGGUGUUCUUGAGCCUGCAAAACUUUACAAGCUGAAGCAUCUUUCAAAAGUGGAGGUGAUUGCAAAUGAUCCUACUGGCUGCACCUUUAUGCUGGGAUUUGACAACCUCAGAAGCCAAAGUGUUGCACCUCCACAAUGGACAAUGCAUAAUACAGAUGACAGGAACCGGCUUCUUCAUGGCAUUCUAAACAUGUGUAAAGAGAUGUUAGGCCGCCUUCCCAAAGUUGUUGGUAUAGACAUUGUUGAGAUGGCUCUGUGGGCUAAGGAGAACAAACCUGCAAUUACUGAUCAAGUAACCACAAGAGAUGGCCCAGUUGCAUCUGUUUUGACACCAACUGAUUCCAAAGUUACCGUUGAGAAUGAUCUUGUUUCACAAGCUGAAGAGGAGGACAUGGAGGCUCUACUUGGCACGUAUGUUAUGGGGAUUGGAGAAGCGGAGGCAUUUUCAGAGAGGUUGAAGAGGGAGCUUCUUGCGUUGGAAGCUGCAAAUGUCCAUGCCCUUUUGGAAAGUGAACCCCUAAUAGAAGAGGUAUUACAGGGGCUAGAAUCUGCCACUGCAUGUGUUGAUGAUAUGGAUGAGUGGCUCCGGAUUUUCAAUGUAAAGCUCAGGCAUAUGAGAGAGGAUAUUGAAUCGAUAGAAUCUCGUAAUAACAAUUUAGAAAUGCAGUCUGUAAAUAACAAAGCACUCAUUGAGGAGCUCGAUAAAUUGCUUGAGUGCCUGCGUAUUCCUUCUGAGUAUGCAGCAUCUUUGACUAGUGGUUCCUUCGAUGAAGCGCGGAUGCUUAAGAAUGUGGAAGCAUGUGAAUGGUUAACGGGUGCAAUUCGUAACCUUGAAGUGCCAAAUCUGAAUCCAUGCUAUGCUAACAUGCGAGCUGUUAAGGAAAAACGUGCUGAAUUAGAAAAGUUAAAGAGCACUUUUGUUCGUCGGGCAUCAGAGUUCUUAAGGAACUAUUUUGCCAGUUUAGUAGAUUUUAUGAUAAGCGACAAGAGUUAUUUUUCACAGAGAGGACAGUUGAAGAGGCCUGAUCAUGCGGAUCUGAGGUACAAAUGUCGGACCUAUGCACGGCUUCUGCAGCACUUGAAGAGUCUUGACAAGGACUGCUUGGGCCCUUUGAGAAAGGCUUACUGUCAUUCCCUCAACCUGCUACUUCGUCGUGAGGCACGGGAAUUUGCAAAUGAACUGCGCGCCAGUACAAAGGCAUCAAGAAACCCAACAGGUUGGCUUGAGGCUUCUACCGGCUCCAACCAGACUGCAAAUAGUUCUGAUACUGCUACAGUUUCUGAAGCAUAUUCAAAGAUGCUAACAAUUUUCAUUCCCCUUCUUGUGGAUGAGAGCUCUUUCUUUGCACAUUUUAUGUGCUUUGAAGUUCCUGCACUCAUCCCGCCUGUCAAAAUUGGCUCAGAUGGCAAUCAAACAAAUGAUGAUGAUAUGAGCCUCAUGGCUGCAUAUGGCAGUGAUGUCAGCCCGAGUAAUAGUUCCUCUGAGUUGGGAACAUUAAAUGAAGCUCUUCAAGAGUUACUUGAUGGAAUUCAGGAGGACUUUUAUGCCGUGGUGGACUGGGCGUACAAGAUUGAUCCAUUGCGUUGUAUUUCAAUGCAUGGUAUCACGGAGCGUUAUCUUUCUGGACAGAAGGCUGAUGCAGCAGGAUUUGUGCGUCAGCUACUUGAUGAUUUGGAGUCCAGAAUUUCAAUGCAGUUUGGCAGGUUUGUUGAAGAAGCUUGCCAUCAGAUAGAGAGAAAUGAGCGUAAUGUCCGACAAAUGGGACAGCUAUCUUAUAUCCAAAGGUUUGCUACGCUUGCGACAAGGAUGGAGCAAUACAUCCAGGGGCAAUCGAGGGAUUUGGUUGAUCAAUCAUAUGGGAAAAUUGUAAGCACGAUGUUUGCAACAUUGGAAAAGAUUGCUCAAGCAGACUCAAAAUAUGCUGACAUUUUACUUCUAGAGAAUUAUGCAGCUUUUCAGAACAGCCUUUAUGAUUUGGCCAAUGUAGUACCAACACUUGCAAAGUUCUAUCACCAGGCUAGUGAAUCAUACGAGCAAGCUUGUACACGCCAUAUCAGCAUGAUCAUUUACGUUCAAUUUGAAAAAUUAUUCCAGUUUGCUCGGAAAAUAGAAGAUUUGAUGUACACAAUCACACCCGAGGAGAUUCCUUUCCAACUGGGAUUGUCGAGAAUGGAUCUUAGGAAAACACUGAAAGCCAGCUUAUCUUCUGUUGACAAGUCAAUCAAUGCCAUGUAUAGGAAGUUGCAAAAGAAUUUAACAUCAGAGGAGUUGCUGCCUUCUUUGUGGGAUAAAUGCAAGAAAGAGUUUCUAGAUAAAUACGAAAGUUUUGUUCAACUUGUCACAAGAAUAUACCCGAAUGAGACCGUCCCUUCAGUGGCAGAGAUGAGAGAUCUUCUUGCAUCUAUGUAAAUAUGUAACCAAGAUUCCUCAACAAAAUGGUCAUAUAUUGUUUUAUCUUUUCCUAUUUCUUUCUAUUUGCUCUUCUCAUUUGUAUAAUUUCUUGCUUCUUAUCAUUCAUUUUGCUCCAUCAGUUGGAUUGUAGAACAACAAAAUUUCAUCUCAUACAUGAACCAGAACUAUGAUUCAAUGUAUUUCAGUCACUGAUUCUUUGAA